GUAGUGAGGGCUUACAGAGCAAAGAUGUCAUCUGAUGAUACGUUAAGUGUUGGUAAGGAUGAAGAGGUAAAGUUGAGCUUGAGCUUGAGCAGUAUUGGUGGGGAAACUUCCAGAAAUGGGGGAAGUGAGAGGGGUGGAGGUGAAAUGGAAGAGGUGGCAGAGAUCUAUGGGCUGAGCUCUAUGAGCAGAGAAGAGAUGAAUCGAUUAUUGUUUGGAGGCAAGACAAUUGCCCUUCCGAAGAAGAGGUCAAAGGCCCUAACGCCAGCUACCAUUGAGGAGAGAGCGGGUGUGACUUUAAGACCUCACCCAAGUGGAGGAGCUCGAGCUGAACCUCCACAAAUCGAGGCUUUGGCCGAGUUCGUGCCUCAACCUCCACCUGUUCAAAUUGAUCCAACUCUGCGAGAAGUGGGGGUGGUGACACAUGGAAUGGCGAAGGAGUCCUCCAUUCCAAGGCAGAAGUCGAGCUUUAUUGAGAAUGCGAGCAAGACUGCUGCCAAGCGCUUUAUUAGAUGCACUUUUCUUGAGGUGGACCUCAAGAGAGCUAGGCAUGAGGUGGACAAGCAUGGAGGCUUUGGCAUUGUCUGCCACACACUCGAGACGGCAAACCUUAUGAACGCCUUGGCAGUUGAAUAUUGCAACUGCCUUAAGGAAAGGAAUAGCUUCGCUGACAAAAAUGACGAGCUCAACUGGGAGAAGUUGGCUUCUUCUAAGGCGGCCAUUGAGGCUGAGGUGGAGAAAAGGAAGAAGUCCGAGGAAGAGUUGGCCAAGGCAAGAGAUGAGUUGGCCGAAGAGGUUGGAGUGGAGGAGGACGGGGAGAGCAAGACAGUUGAGUUUCGCCUAGAUAUAACUCUGAGCUGGGAGCGAGAUGAGGCUAGACUAACUAUGCUCCCCCCAAGUCUGGAGUACGAGUUCGUUGCCAUUGAUGAAGAUGGGGCCAAGGUUCCUGAGAAUACCGAGGUCGAGGACAAUAUUGCCGGGCAAGAGGUGGACUAGCAACAUCAAGUGAUCGACUGAGCUCGGCUAGCUCAUUCCUCUUCCUUCUUUUGAAAUUGUAUAUUUAAAAACACUUGUAUUUUAUUUCUAAGUUAAUGAAUUAGAGUUCGAAAA